CAUUCUUUUUGGAUUAACGCCAAUAGUGAGCCACAGCUGAAGGAGUAUAACUGUCGUGCCACCGCGGACCACACUGACAGUCGACACUCUGGAUACCUACCGCCAGCGCAGCAAUCUCAGGUUUUAAAUUCCGUUACCUGAACAGAGAAACUGCAUCACCAUGACGUCGCAGUCGGUGACCCAGACAUUGACAAAGACUGCUCCGAAGCAAGUCCCCACAAAGAUCGUAUGGCGGAAUGUCAUCCUAAUGGGAUACCUUCACCUCGCAUCAAUCUAUGGUUUUUACCUCAUCUUUACUGCAGCUAUGUGGCAGACAAUCCUUGCUGCUUACAUCCUGUACACUCUUUCUGGAUUGGGCAUAACAGCUGGUUCCCACCGUCUGUGGGCACACCGUUCUUACAAAGCCAAACUUCCGUACCGUAUCAUGGUGAUGAUCUUCCAGUCAAUGGCAUUCCAGAAUGAUAUCUUCGACUGGGCUCGUGACCACAGAGUCCACCACAAAUUUUCGGAGACCCCUGCUGACCCUCAUGAUGCGACACGAGGAUUCUUUUUCUCUCACAUUGGCUGGCUGUUGGUUCGUAAGCAUCCAGAUGUGCUCGCCAAAGGGAAAUCUAUUGACCUCAGCGACCUGCUUGCAGACCCUGUUGUGCGAUUCCAGAGGAAGUACUACCUGCCCUUGAUGAUUUCCAUAUGCUUUAUCCUCCCAACCAUCGGACCCUGGUACUUCUGGGGAGAAACCCUCUGGAAUUCCUUCUUCGUUUGUGCCCUCACUCGCUACUGCUUCACCCUCAACAUGACCUGGCUGGUGAACAGUGCUGCCCACAUGUGGGGCACUCGGCCCUACGACGACACCAUUAACCCACGGCAGAACCUCUUCACCAUUGUGGGCGCCCACGGUGAGGGAUUCCAUAAUUACCACCACACAUUCCCUUGGGACUACCGCACCAGCGAGCUGGGCAUGAAAAUCAACACGACGACGGCGUUCAUCAACUUCUUUGCUUGGCUCGGCCAAGUCUACGACAGAAAGACUGUGUCGCACAAUGUAGUGACCCAGAGGAUGCAGAGGACUGGCGACGGAUCUCGAGGCAUCACGGCCGGGGCUCGCGAAUAGUAGGAACAUGACGAUGUAUUCCAUUUUAAUUUCUCUCAGCCACCUUCCUAGGCAUUUUUUUCAAAGGGGUCUAGAAGCAUGGACAAUGGGCAUGAAUGAGUUGUUGGAAAGAACGGCGGUUCUGCGUGAGAGGUUAGAAAAAAAAAAUGUGAACUCUUAAAAUGAGAAUGGGAAGAUUUUUGUUUCGUUGUAUGUGCAUCAGAUGGUCUGCAAGCAGUAAAGAAGAAGAAAGAAAUCUGUGGCCUA